CAACUGGGAGCAGGGUUUAGGGUUUCAGCCUCUCCCGGCGCGGCCUCCGGUAGGGCUGUCGUCUGUCCCCUCGUCUCCCCUUGGCCUCUAUGUCUCUGCCUUUGUCUGUUUCAUUGUCUUUGUUCCUCCGCCUCUAGACCUGCUUCUCCCCAGGACCCAGGCCUCUGCUUCAGCUCCUCGGCCUCCGCUGCAAUGCCCUCACAUCUCGGUCCCUACAUCUCGGUCUCGGGCGGCAGCCGCUGCCUCCCGGCCGCUCUCAGCCCCAGCGCCUCCGCCUCCGCCCUGAGGUCUAGGGGGUGAGACUGUGGAGAUGGCUCAGGCGGAUGAGUUCCAACAGACCCCACAGGAGGAUGACUUGGGGUUCAAGGAAGAGGAAGAUUUGGCCCCGGGUCAUGAAGUAGGAAAUGCCUCUCUCAAACCUGAAGGCAUCCAGAUCUGGGAUGACUUCUGGGUCCAGAGAGCGGGAUCAGGAAAACCUCGGGCUCGAGGCAGAGGCCCCCGGCUCCUGGGAGAACCACGCUGGGGCCAGGCUAGUGACCGGGCCGCCGUGUGUGGCGACUGUGGCAAGAGCUUUCGGCAGAUGUCGGAUCUGGUGAAGCAUCAGCGGACACACACCGGGGAGAAACCCUACAAGUGUGAGGUCUGCGGCAAGGGCUUCGGGGAUAGCUCUGCCCGCAUCAAACACCAGCGGACGCAUAGUGGUGAGAAACCCUGCAGAGCCAGACCGCCGGCCCAGGGCCCUCCCAAGAUUCCUAGGACCAGGGUCCCGGCUGGCGAGCGCCCCACUAUCUGCGGAGAAUGUGGCAAGAGCUUCCGGCAGAGCUCAGACCUGGUGAAGCACCAGCGGACACACACGGGGGAGAAGCCCUACAAGUGUGGCAUCUGCGGCAAGGGCUUCGGGGACAGUUCUGCUCGCAUCAAGCACCAGCGGACACACCGCGGGGAGCAGCCGCCCCGGCGGCAGCCAUCCCGAGCAGCCACCGCAGCCACACAGAGACCCAGAGCCCAGGACAAGCCGUACAUCUGCACCGAUUGUGGCAAAAGGUUUGUGCUCAGCUGCAGUCUCCUGAGCCACCAGCGCAGCCACCUGGGGCCCAAGCCCUUCGGCUGCGACGUGUGCGGGAAGGAGUUUGCCCGCGGCUCAGACCUGGUCAAGCACCUCCGGGUGCACACGGGAGAGAAGCCCUACCUCUGCCCUGAGUGCGGCAAGGGCUUCGCCGACAGCUCGGCCCGGGUCAAGCACCUGCGCACCCACACGGGCGAGAGGCCGCACGCCUGCCCCGAGUGUGACUGCUCCUUCAGCCUCAGCUCCACGCUGCUCCGCCACCGCCUCACACACAUGGAGCCGCAGGACUGCAGCUUCCCCGGCCGCCCCCCGCCGACACCGCGAAGCCCCUCCCACUCGGGGGACGGGCCCUUCGGCCUGCCCGGCUCGGAGCCGGGGCCCAGGGGCCCCCAGGCCGGGGAGCCCCCGCCCCCGCUAGCGGGUGACAAGCCCCACAAGUGCCCCGAGUGCGGCAAGGGCUUCCGCCGGAGCUCAGACCUGGUGAAACACCACCGGGUGCACACGGGCGAGAAGCCCUACCUCUGCCCUGAGUGUGGCAAGGGCUUUGCUGACAGCUCAGCCAGGGUCAAGCACCUGCGCACCCACCGUGGUGAGCGGGCUCGGCCACCACCACCCACUCUCCUGAGGCCACACAACCCCCCGGGCCCAGCACCCGUGGCCCCUCGCCCCCGCGGCCGGGCCCAGGCCUCUGGACUCAGCCAGCCCCACGUGUGCAGCUUCUGUGGGAAGGAGUUCCCCCGGAGCUCGGACCUGGUCAAGCACAGGCGCACGCACACCGGGGAGAAGCCGUACAAGUGUGCCGAGUGCGGCAAGGGCUUCGGUGACAGCUCUGCCCGUAUCAAGCACCAGCGUGGGCAUCUGGCCCUGAGGCCCUUUGGGGCUGGGGCUGGUCUGGCAAGGCCCCUCAAGGGAGAGCCACCCAUGGGACUGGAAUGAUGGGGAUAGGGAGGGUGGAGGGGCAGAGACACAGGGGUGGUACCUUGCCUACUCAGAGAAGAAAGGUCUAGGAGUUGGUGGGAGGGGAAAAAUGGAGAAAGGAGUGAGUAGAUGAAGACUGGAGGCCAUGAUCUUGAAGCUCAGGAAGCCAUCCUAGCUGGGCCCAGUGUGGUCAGGACCGUGCCAGUGUGGUCAUACCCCAGCUUCUAGAACACUGCCCAGUGCACAGUAGGCACUCAAUAAAUACUUGUUGAAUUAA